GGGCUCCGUGCGUGUCCCCGCCCGCACACCCGCGCCCGAGUUGCCCCGACCCGGUCCAAGGCCAGUCCAGGAGCAAGAUGUCCUUCCAGGGCAAGAAGAGCAUACCCCGCCUCACGAGCGACCGCCUCCUGGUCAAGGGUGGGAAGAUAGUGAACGAUGACCAGUCCUUCUACGCCGACCUGUAUGUGGAAGACGGCUUGAUUAAGCAGAUCGGGGAGAACCUCGUGGUGCCCGGGGGCGUCAGAGCCGUGGAGGCCCAGGGCCUGCUGGUCCUGCCCGGCGGCGUGGACGUGCACACCAGACUGCAGGCGCCGGCGCUGGGCAUGGCCCCCGCGGACGACUUCGCCCAGGGCACCACGGCGGCCCUGGCCGGGGGGACCACCAUGGUCUUGGACCACGUGUUCCCUGACCCGGGCGUGAGCCUGCUGGCCGCCUACGAGCAGUGGCGGGAGCGCGCGGACAGCACCGCCUGCUGCGACUACUCCCUGCACGUGGACAUCCCCCACUGGCACGAGAGCAUCAAGGAGGAGCUGGAGGCCCUGGUCAAGGACAAGGGUGUGAACUCCUUCCUGGUCUUCAUGGCGCACAAGGACAGGUGCCAGUGCACUGACGGGCAGAUGUACGAGAUCUUCAGCAUCGUCCGGGACCUGGGGGCCGUGGCGCAGGUCCACGCGGAGAACGGGGACAUCGUGGAGGAGGAGCAGAAGCAGCUGCUGGAGCGGGGCGUCACGGGACCCGAGGGCCACGUGCUGAGCCACCCCGAGGAGGUGGAGACCGAGGCUGUGUACCGAGCCGUGACCAUUGCCAAGCAGGCCAACUGCCCGCUGUACAUCACCAAGGUGAUGGGCAAGGGCGCGGCCGACGUGGUCGCCCAAGCCAAGCGCAGGGGUGCGGUCGUAUUCGGGGAGCCCAUCACGGCCGGCCUGGGCGCCGACGGCGUGCACUACUGGAGCAAGAACUGGGCCAAGGCGGCCGCCUUCGUCACGUCGCCGCCCAUCAGCCCCGACCCCUCCACCGCCGACCACCUUGCCUCCCUGCUGUCCAGCGGGGACCUCCAGGUGACAGGCAGCGCCCACUGCACCUUCACCACCGCCCAGAAGGCCGUGGGCAAAGACAACUUCACGCUGAUCCCCGAGGGCACCAACGGCGUGGAGGAGCGCAUGGCCGUGGUCUGGGAGAAGUGCGUGGCCUCCGGGAAAAUGGACGAGAAUGAGUUUGUGGCAGUGACCAGUACGAACGCCGCCAAGAUCUUCAACUUCUACCCCAGGAAGGGGCGCGUGGCCGUGGGCUCCGACGCCGACCUGGUCAUCUGGAACCCGCGGGCCACCAGGGUCAUCUCUGCCAAGACCCACAACCUGAACGUCGAGUACAACAUCUUUGAAGGAGUCGAGUGCCGAGGGGCCCCGGUGGUGGUCAUCAGCCAGGGCAGAGUUGUGCUGGAGGGCGGGACCCUCCUCGCCACCCCGGGGGCCGGCCGCUUCAUUCCCCGCAAGACCUUCCCCGACUUCGUGUACAAGAGGAUAAAGGCUCGAAACCGGCUGGCGGAGGUCCACGGCGUGCCCCGCGGCCUCUACGACGGCCCCGUCCACGAGGCGGCGCUGCCCGCCAAGCCGGGCGGCGCCCAGGCCCGCGCCUCGUGCUCCGGCAAGAUCUCCGUGCCGCCCGUGCGCAACCUGCACCAGUCGGGGUUCAGCCUGUCGGGGUCUCAAGCGGACGACCACAUCGCCAGGCGCACAGCUCAGAAGAUCAUGGCGCCCCCUGGCGGUCGCUCCAACAUCACCUCCCUGUCUUAGGUCGGCCCGGCCGCUCCAGCUUUCAGCUCCUCUCUCGUAGUUUUGUGGAAAGGUGCUUGGCCUCGUCUUCCCCUCCCCCACGAGCUCUCCUUU